AUGUGCCCUUCGGAGGAAAGCCCCUUGCUCGAGGGAGAUAGAGUGCAUACCCCUGACGACUUGGACAGUGUGUACAACCGAUUCAGCAAGGCUCAGAAAAACGUCGUUGUCUUCGUAGUGUCCUUUGCAGGGCUGCUUCCUAUGUUCGUGACUGGGACCUUGGUUCCUUCUAUUCCUCAGAUAGCUCAUGACCUUAAUUCAACGGGUGCUACUGUGAGACGGGCGCCGCCCAAUGUACUUGUGGGGUAUGCCUAUCCUAUGUAUGGGAAGCUUUGGUGUUGCAGCAUCAACAUCUCUCAGGUGGUUGCUGUUCUGGAGGUUUUUUCAGGCAUUCGGAUGCGCUGGCGGAGUGUCUGGUCGAGCAACGAGGUACAGCCUAUGGGUAUUUUCUUUGGGGCUUGUCUUCUUGGUGUUGCAUUGUCACCUAUUACGGGAGGCACUGCAGCACAUUACUGGUCAUGGCGCAGCCUACAGUGGUCGCUUGGACUAUGGGGCUUCAUUGAGAUGGUUUUUAUCUAUCUGUUUUUGCCAGAGACAAGUCAUUCGCAUUCGGGAGGUAUUAGCGAGCCGACGACACCGUCCAACUUCGUUUGGAUCAAUCCUUUCAGCAGUAUUUGGCUGCUGCGUAGUCCAAAUAUCAUGGCUGUCACACUAGCAAAUGCCUCUGCAAUGGUUACAGAAUAUGGCAUGUUGAGAACAUGGACGUCGUCUUCCAGUCUAACCAAAGCCUUAGUUUUAUUGAUCCCAAUUGCCUACACGAUCGGUGCUCGAUACCACAUAUCUAACGAGGCACUGAUCGGUGCAUGCUUCCUCCCCAGUGGACUCGGAAACUUCAUCGCUUCGCCAAUUGCUGGGCGGUUAUCCGACGCUAUGAUUGAAAAAUGGAAGGCCCGGCGGAAAGGCAUUUGGGUCCCUGAAGAUCGGCUACGUGCAGUGUUGGUCGGUGGACCGCUUGUCCCUUUAUCCGUUUGUCUUUCUGGAUUGAUCACCACGUACAUCGCUGGACCCUUGGGUUUGGUAUUGAAUUUACUUUGUUUCUUUAUGAAUGGCAUUGGAGUGGAUUUCGUUCUCACACCGAUCGGCUCGUACAAUGUCGAUGUGCUACAAUCACGUAGCGCAGAGGUAAUCGCUGCAGUUACUGCUUUCCGUGCGAUCAUUCUUGCACCAGUGACUGCAGCCGUACUUCCAUCGAUUGAAAUACUAGGGUUGGUAGCGACAAAUAGCAUAGCUACCAUGAUUGCGAUUCUUGGAUAUGGGCUUAUUGUUCUUACUAUUCGGUAUGGAGAUCGCAUGAGAGCCUGGGUAGAUGUUGGAUAUACCGUUGUGGAUGCGUGA